GUCAGAGAAUAAGAUGAGGGUGUGAGUAGGUUAUAAAGACUACUCUGUCUGCCUUCUGAAACUCUCUUCUUCCUUCAUCUUUUGGGAGGGGAGGAAGUGAGUUGUGGCUUUCCCUAAAAUUAAGGUUAAAUGUGUAAUGAUCUUUGAACAAGUGGAUAUACAAUCUCACUCAAGAUGUCUGCUCAAAGCCAGCACUGCGCCACUAUUAUGAACCCUCCUCCACCAGAGUACAUAAAUAACAAAAGUAGUGGAAGUCAAACAAACCAACUUCAGUACUUACAGAGGGUGGUCAUGAGAGCCAUGUGGAGACACAACUUUUCCUGGCCAUUUCACCAACCUGUAGAUGCAGCAGCACUGAAUCUGCCUGAUUAUUACGCUAUCAUAAAAAAACCUAUGGACUUAGGCACCAUAAAAAAGCGACUGGAACACAAUUACUACACGAAAGCUGCAGAAUGUAUUGAGGACUUUAAAACUAUGUUCUGGAACUGCUACAUGUACAACAAGCCAGGUGAUGACAUUGUGUUUAUGGCUGAAGAACUAGAAAAAGUGUUCCUGCAGAAAAUAGCCCAUAUGCCACCAGAAGAAAAACCAGUGAGUCUCAAUAAAGGAAAGAGAAAAGGAAAAAAGACAGAAGAAACAUGGCAGCCCAACCCUGGGAUUUCAAAUGAACAAAGCACAAAUGAGAAGCAAGCUGAAAGCAGUGAGCAGCCUCCAGUGAUGACUCAAGAGCGGCAGCAGGUUACACUGGCUCCUUUGUCUGCAGCUCAGCUCACUGCUUUAAUGCCAGCUGCAGUCUCUAUAACAAAAGCAAAAAAAGGUGUGAAAAGGAAGGCUGACACUACAACUCCUACUACUUCAAUAGUCACAGCAAGUGGUGAAUCUUCUGCAACGUUUAAUGAAAGAAAAGCUGUUAAAGCAUGUAGAAGUGAAAGUGAAUGUAUGGUAACAAACAAGCUUCUGAAGAGAUCCUUUUCAGAUUCUCAACAGCCUCCUGGAAUUAUUAAAAAGAUUCAGUUGUCAGGACAACUAAAACAUUGUAAUGCAAUACUUAAAGAAAUGUUUUCAAAGAAACAUGCAGCGUAUGCGUGGCCUUUCAUAAAACCUGUAGAUACAGCAUCUUUCUCCACUGGUGUGAACCAAGCCAUUGCCAAAUGUCCUACAGACCUAGGAACCAUUAAAAAGAAAAUGGAUAACUUUGAAUAUAAUGAUAUACAAGAAUUUGCUACAGAUGUUAGAUUAAUGUUUAUGAACUGCUACAAACGUAAUUCUUCAGACCAUGAAAUAGUGUCUAUGGCAAGAAAACUUCAGGAUGUUUUUGAAAUGCACUUUGCUAAAAUUCCUGAUGAACCAGUUGUGAGUGAUCAUCUGCCACAGCCUGUGAGAGAAAUGACAGAAGCUUAUUCCAGCGAAAGCAGUAAUGAUAACUCUUCAGAAGAAAAAUCAUCUGAAGACUCUGAAGAGGAGAGAAAAGUGAACCUCAAAAAGCUUCAGGACCAACUUACAGCUCUUCACCAGCAGUUGUGGGUUUUGACCAAAGCAUGCUUAUCUAGACCAGGAAAGAAAAAAGGAAAGGCUAAAAGAGAGAAAAGAAAGAACAAGGAAAAAGCUGAAAUAAAAAGCUUGAUUCAAAAGAAGAAAAAUCUGAAAUACAUGAAGAAAUCUAAGAGAAAGCUGUCUUUAAACAUUCAAUCAAAGAGAACCAUGCAGCAGGUCUUGUUGGCACAUAAGUCAGGAGAUGAAGGUGGUGCCAAACCUAUGAAUUAUGAUGAAAAACGACAGUUGAGUUUGGACAUAAAUAAACUCCCUGGAGAUAAGCUUGGGAAAGUAGUCCAUAUAAUACAGUCAAGAGAACCUGAACUGAGGAACUCUAACCCUGAUGAGAUAGAAAUAGACUUUGAAACUUUAAAUGCUUCAACACUCAGAGAACUAGAGAGAUAUGUAGCAACCUGUUUAAGGAAGAAACAAAGCAAGCAUGCUAAAACCCCAACAAAGUCAAAAGAAGAACUUAAUUUUGAGAGGAAACAAGAGUUAGAGAAGAGACUACUGGAUGUCAAUGGUCAACUAAACCCAGAGAAGGAGAGCUUCAAGAUUGAAAAGAAUGCUGAGUCAAGUACUGGGCCAAGCAGACUGAGCGACAGCAGCAGCAGCAGCUCCUCAGAUUCUGGCAGCAGCACUAGCAGUGAUUCUAGCUCCUCAGAUAGCAGUGAUUCUGAAUCAGUUACAGAAACCUGUUCAAAACAGACUGGAGCCAGGCAGAACUGUCCAGCUUCAAUGGAAAAAUCUAAGAGGACAUCCUGCAAUGCUGUUCUGCAAGCACAGCCCUCCUCUCUUACUAGCAGCUUGCAAAAUCAUGGAUCAUCUGAAUUGCAGAAGCAACCUCCCAAUGUACUGCAAAUGCUUCAGUGUAGAUCACUUAAUCCAACAGAACAAAAUGCUCAGACUCUCUCAGGUAAAAUCUCAGCUGUACCUGCUCUGCAUGAUGCUCCAGACCAGCAAACUCCUCAAAGCACUCCAAAGACAAAUGAGUCUUCUCUCACCCACACCAGAAAUGUUUUUCCAGAGGAGUCCAACACCAUUUUCCAAGUUGACAGUGCUGACUGGAGUAAACAAGCUGAGCAAACAAGACAUCUAGACAAAUCAAAUAAACUUCAAAACAAGACCAGCAUGAGAACUGCUGAUUUAAUAUCCAUAAGUCAAGAACAAAGUCAUUGUACACCCAAUGAUAAAUCUAGUGAUAAAAACAUACUAGAGCCAAUGUCUGAACUUCUUCCAAGAAAGGAUACAGCAUUGAAGACUGUAGAUUCCUGGGUAAGCCUGUGUAAAACGAUGAAGGUUCCAGCUCCAAUAAAAGCAUCUGCUGAGAGUUUCAAUCAGUUCAGAGAUGCAGUAUUAAAGAGGAGUGGGCAAGUGCAGGAGUCAAAAAGGUCUCUUGUGCAAGCCGAGAUGGAGCUGCAAAAUCUUCCACAAGAGAACAAAAGAUUUGUAACCACUUCUGUGGGCCAUGAAAGCACAGGAUUGGAUGCCAUGGCAGUGACAGACUGUGAGCUUGAAAAAGAAAUACAUGAGAGUAGACUGCCUGAAGUUCAACAAUGUGUUCUUGAUCAAGACCGUAACUUGGCUAGAAAAAUGGAACAAGAACGCAGGAGGAAGGAAGCAACAGCUUGGAUAAUUGAUGUGAAUCUGCAGAGAGAUAUUAUGGCAUCUUUUGAAGAAUAUCUUGAGUGAAAGCAGUAGUUUAUAUAGAAUUUAACUUCAAACUACUAAAAGCAGCACAGUUUUGUACUAGUUAGGAUCUUAAAUAUUAAGACUACUUUAAGGAUCUUCUCUAAAAUGCUUUGUAUUAAAAGCUUGUUCAGUAAUACUUGAAGUGUCACAAGAUUUAUUUCUUUUCACUGCUUGUUUAUAACAUGUGAUCUAUUCUGCUACACAGUGGAAUGGAGUUGUUCAUUUGAUUACAGUUUCAUCUGUUGUGUAUAUCUGGUAUUACAAAAAAUCACUUUACUGUGACACACCUGUACAAAAUCUGGGCUGACAAAAAGAUCUCUGUAGAAGUGAUACUGUCUGGAGGGGGGGUGUAACAUUACUUGUAAUCACAAAAAAAGGCUUCCAUGAACUCUUUCAUUUCAUCAGUAAAUCUUAUCUACUUGUAUGUACUUUAAGGCCCAGAUAUGUUUAAUGAAUUUUAUGUUAACAUAACAUUUAGCUAAGGGUGCAAACAUGUUUGCCACAUAGUUCUAGUUCUUCUCAGGAAGAAAUUAUGGCAAACUGGCAUCAGUUUGAAAGAUUUUCUAAUUGAUGCAAGAUAUUAUUAGUGUUGAAAAAGUCUCUGGUAGAAACCAGAAUGUGAAAACCACAUAUUCUUGUUGAUUAUAUAUGGU